AAUCCCAAGUUUCAAAUGAAACUAAGCCGUUCUCAUACUGUAGGUAAUCGGUGACAGGGCUUCAUGUUUACUGAUCAGAUGGGUGUCUAAUACAGUUCCUACCAGGCAGCACCCCAGAAGCAUUCUAAUCAUUCCAGCCAUUCCAAAAUUCCAGGUAUGUCAACAACACAAAGGAGUGAAAGCAUGAACUCCAUUUUUGAUGGAUAUGUUCAUUCAAAGACAUCUUUGUCGCAAUUUGUGGAACAGUAUGAGCGAGCUUUGCGAAAAAAGCCAUCCCUCUCCUUCUCCGAUCAGCGCCAGCACGCCAGUACCAGGGGACUCUCUCCCUCCCUCUCUCAAUUUCUGGCAGCUUCCUCGGCUCAGCAGCGCAGCAACCCAAUCGACGGCGAAUAGGAGACCCCCCUCUGUUGAUUCAGCGAUGCCGAAUGCGGGGAAGUGGCGGACCGGCAGCGAUUGGCGAGGAAGGCAGCGACCCUGCAACGCUGGCGACUCUCCAACGCUGGCGACACUGACAAUUUGGUCCAGGCAGCAACAGUGAAGCCAGGCGCGACCCUACAAGCUCGAGCAGCGGAUUGACCGGCCAUCGACGAGGUGUCCCGCGAACGGACUCCAACAACUCCGGUGAUCUCCCUCCUUGUUCCAGCCAGUGCGCGUAGCACUGGUAACCGGGACCGCAAUACCGGUUUGGGCAAUUUGGUGGAUCUGUUCCGACAAUGGGUUUCGAACGACAUUCGUUCAAAUUGAAUCGAGGGGCGGCAGCGCAGCACUAGCAGCAGGUUCUCAACUCCAUCCAUAGCGGAGCACGAUUCCGCCCAAUCAUUCGAUAUUCGCAGCAGACCAGCAGUCCACUCUGUCCGCACUCCACAGGUGCUUGUGGAAGAUUGAUUCUGAAAUCCAUCCCGGAGAGCAGCACGGCGGAGGAGAUGCAUGGGUGCAGGGAUUUAGUAAAAUUGAUAUUUGAUU